GUGUGUAAGAAAGGAGAACCCUUUGCUUUCCAAGGGUUACACCACUUUUAACCAGAGCAACUUCGCACACCAAAUAAAUUAAAACCCAACCAUCUCUAUUGUUCUUGGGUUUCCGAUAUACGUCUAUCUAGUUCUCUCUCUCUCUACAUAGUUUUAUAAACUGUUUUGUACAGUAGAAACCCUUUGGAUGUGCAAGCAUCCACCGCCGCUUCGGAUGUAAAUAGUCUGGCGGACGGUAACAAAAAAUGGCGAGUAUAAGAUCGAGCUUGCCGUCGAGGCUUCGGCAACUCCUCUCUAGUGAAGGAGCAAUUGGUCCCUCUGUUAAACUUGAUGCCGAACCUCCUCCAAGGGUAAAGGCUUUUGUCGACAAGGUGAUCCAAUGCCCAUUACAGGAUAUAGCAAUACCUCUCUCUGGUUUUCGCUGGGAGUAUGGCAAGGGGAACUUUCACCAUUGGAGACCUCUAUUUCUACAUUUUGACACAUACUUCAAGACAUACUUAUCUUGUAGAAAGGACCUCCUUUUAUCAGAUGACAUUUUAGGAGAUGCGAGCCCAUUCCCAAAGCAGGCAGUUUUACAAAUUCUCAGAGUUAUGCAAAUCAUCCUAGAAAAUUGUCACAACAAGAGUUCUUUUAGUGGUUUAGAGCAUUUCAAGCUCUUGCUUGCUUCAACAGAUCCUGAAAUUCUUAUAGCAGCUUUAGAGGCUCUUUCCGCGCUUGUGAAAAUAACCCCAUCGAAACUCCACGCCAGUGGCAAGCUAGUUGGAUGUGGGUCAGUGAACAGUUGUCUUUUAUCCCUUGCACAAGGGUGGGGCAGCAAAGAAGAAGGCCUGGGUUUGUAUUCAUGUGUUACUCUACAUGAGAGGACACACGAGGAUGGAUUAUGCUUGUUUCCAUCUGAGAUACAAAAUGAUUCUGACAAGUUGCAGUAUCGCAUAGGAUCAACGCUUUAUUUUGAGUUGCGUGGCACUUCUACAAGUGUUCCAGAAGCCAGCGAUAGUACAAUUUCUUCUGGGAUGAGGGUGAUUCACCUCCCUGAUAUUCAAUUACGUGAAGAGGAUGACCUAUCACUUAUGAAGUUUUGUGUGCAGCAGUAUAAUGUGCCUUUGGAACUCAGGUUUCCAUUAUUAACCAGAAUCAGAUAUGCACGUGCAUUCCGUUCCUCCAGAAUAUGCAGGCUUUACAGCAAGAUUUGUCUUCUUGCUUUCGUUGUGCUUGUACAGUCCAGUGAUUCACAUGAUGAACUUGUUUCUUUUCUUGCUAAUGAGCCAGAAUACACAAAUGAAUUAAUUAGAAUUGUGAGGUCUGAAGAAAUCAUUUCUGGAACCAUAAGAACACUAGCAAUGACUGCUUUGGGGGCCCAGUUAGCCGCAUAUUCAGCAUCUCAUGAAAGGGCGCGUAUAUUGAGUGGAUCGAGCAUCAGUUUUGCAGGUGGUAAUCGGAUGAUUCUCCUUAAUGUAUUGCAAAGGGCAAUUAUGUCACUCAACAGUUCAGCUGAUAUGUCAUCUGUUGCCUUUGUUGAAGCACUUUUGCAGUUUUACUUGUUGCAUGUCAUAUCUUCUUCAAGUACUGGAAGUGUUGUUAGGGGAUCUGGGAUGGUACCUACCUUUUUACCCCUUCUAGAAGAUUCGGAUCCAACUCGCCUGCACCUUGUCUGUUUAGCUGUGAAAACUCUACAAAAACUCAUGGACUACAGCAAUACAGCAGUCACUCUUUUCAGAGAUUUGGGUGGAGUGGAGCUUUUGGUUCAUAGAUUGCAGAUUGAAGUGCAUAGAGUGAUUGACUUUGCUGGGUCUAACGAUAACUCUAUGGUCAUUGGCGAAUGUUCUAAAAACAAUGGUGAUCAGUUAUACAUACAGAAGAGGCUGGUCAGGGUUUUAUUAAAGGCACUUGGUUCCGCCACCUAUGCUACAAAUUCUACGAGAUUACAGAAUUCGUAUGAUGUUUCUUUGACUCCAACUUUGUUAAUGAUUUUCAGUAACAAGGAAAAAUUUGGAGGUGAGAUUUACUCCUCAGCUGUGACUCUUAUGAGUGAGAUGAUUCACAAAGAUCCAACGUGUUUUAAUAUUUUGUAUGACUUGGGUCUUCCUACUGCAUUUCUAUCAUCAGUGGUGGCUGGCGUACUUCCUUCUCCGAAAGCGAUUACAUGUAUUCCCAAUGGUCUUGGGGCUAUUUGUCUCAACUCCAAGGGCCUCGAGGCUGUGAAGGAUUCUUCUGCUUUGCGCUUCAUUGUUGACAUUUUUACAGACAGGAAGUAUGUGAUGGCUAUGAAUGAAGGUAUUGUUCCUUUGGCAAAUGCUGUGGAAGAGCUGUUGCGGCAUGUCUCCUCAUUGAGAGGUGCUGGGGUUGAUCUAAUAAUUGAAAUAAUUAAUAAGACUGCGUUGCAUGGGAGCACUAAGUGCACUGGUUCAUUGGGAAAACUUGAUGGAGGUGAUGCAAUGGAAAUGGAUUCUUUGGAAUCUGAAGACAAGGACAACUUAGGUGGCUGUCCUCAAGUUGGUGCAGAGGAUUGGUUGGUUCAAGGUAUCAGUGAUGAGCAAUGCAUGCAGCUUUGCAUCUUUCAUGUGAUGGUACUUAUUCACAGGACAAUGGAGAAUUCUGAAACAUGUCGGUUAUUUGUAGAAAAAUCAGGUAUUGAAGCUUUACUGAAGCUUCUUUUACGCCCAAGUAUUACUCAAUCAUCUGAGGGGAUGUCCAUAGCUUUGCAUAGCACUAUGGUAUUCAAGUGUUUUACACAGCAUCAUUCUACUCCUCUGGCUCGGGCUAUCUGUUCUUCACUGCGCACUCAUUUGAGAGAAACUUUGACUGGGAUCAGUGGCAUGUCUGGAUCCUUUCUGCUGGACCCUAGGGCCAGUCCAGACCCUCAUAUAUUUUCUUCUCUCUCCCUUGUUGAAUUCCUCUUAUUUCUUGCUGCCUCGAAAGACAGUCGGUGGGUAACUGCAAUGCUUACUGAAUUCGGUAAUGGGAAUAAAGAUGUUUUGGAAGAUAUUGGCCGUAUUCAUCGUGAGGUUCUAUGGCAGAUUGCCUUGCUUGAAGACACUAAGGCUGAAGCAGAGGAUGGAUCUAAUGGUAGUGCUUCACGGCAGUCUGAAUUGGGGAUUAAUGAUACUGAAGAUGCCAGGUUGAACUCUUUCAGGCAGUUUCUUGAUCCUUUACUCAGAAGGCAAACUUCUGGAUGGAGCUUUGAGUCCCAGUUUUUUGACCUUAUAAAUUUGUAUCGUGAUCUCACUCGUUCUUCGAGUCUUAAUCAACGACAGAUUGUUGAUACCCCUUCAAACUUGCGUCUUGAAGCUAGUCAGGAACAACACCAGUCUGGUUCUUCUGAUUUGACAGAUUCCACUGCUACAAAGGAUGAUGACAAUCAGAGGUCAUACCAUCAAUCUUGUUGUGAUAUGGUAAGAUCAUUGUCAAUUCAUAUUGCCCAUUUGUUUCAAGAGUUGGGAAAGGUGAUGCUCCUUCCAUCUCGGAGGAGGGAUGAUAUGCUAAAUGUGUCUCCUCCUUCAAAAUCGGUGGCUUCUACCUUUGCUUCUGUAGCUAUGGAUCACAUGAAUUUUGGGGGACAUGUAAAUUCAUCUGGAUCCGAGGCUUCUGUUUCAACUAAAUGUCGCUACUUUGGCAAGGUUAUUGAGUUCAUUGAUGGUGUUCUUUUGGACAAACCUGACUCAUGCAAUCCUGUUAUACUGAAUUGCUUAUAUGGACGAGGAGUUAUUCAAACUAUCUUGACCACAUUUGAGGCAACCAGUCAAUUGCCUUUUGCCAUCAGUAGAGCGCCUGCCUCUCCUAUGGAGACAGAUGAAGGGAGGCAAAAUGAAGUUGAAGACACAGAUCGCUUGUGGAUUUAUGGACCCUCAGCUAGCUAUGGUAAACUUAUGGAUCACUUGGUGACUUCAUCUUUUAUUCUAUCACCAUUCAACAAACAUUUGCUUACCCAGCCUCUAGUAAAUGGGGAUAUUCCAUUUCCUCGGGAUGCAGAAACGUUUGUAAAAAUUCUUCAGUCCAUGGUUCUGAAGGCUGUACUUCCUGUUUGGACCCACCCACGGUUCCCUGAAUGCAGUUAUGAGUUCAUUACAACAGUUGUCAACAUUUUCAGGCACAUUUUCUCUGGGGUGGAAGUGAGAAAUGCCGGGAGUAAUGUGGGUCGUGUGGCUGGUCCUCCUCCAAAUGAAUCAGCUAUUUCCACAAUAGUAGAGAUGGGGUUUUCCAGGGCAAGAGCAGAAGAGGCAUUGAGGCAGGUUGGUUCAAAUAGCGUGGAACUUGCAAUGGAGUGGUUGUUCUCACAUUCUGAGGAAACCCAAGAGGAUGAUGAACUUGCUCGAGCACUUGCAAUGUCUCUUGGAAACUCUGCAUCAGACACCAAGGAAGAUGUCACAAAUGAAACCACUCAAACUAUUGAAGAGGAAUUGGUGCAACUCCCUCCAGUUGAUGAGCUGUUGUCAACAUGCAGGAGACUUCUGCAAAUGAAAGAGACUUUAGCUUUCCCUGUUAGGGAUCUGCUUGUGAUGAUUUGCUCACAAAAUGAGGGCCAGGAAAGGCCAAGAGUUGUUUCAUUUAUCAUCGAGCAAGUGAAGCUUUGUGGUAGUGUAUUUGACAGUGGGAACCAGAAAGUACUGUCUGCCUUUUUUCAUGUUCUUGCUUUAGUUCUUAACGAAGACGCAGCAGCACGAGAAAUAGCUUCAAAAAGUGGUUUGGUUAAAGUUGCAUCAGAUCUUCUCCAACUGUGGAGUUGUUCUGAUGACCAAGAAACAUCCCAAGUUCCGAAAUGGGUGACUUCAGCUUUUGUUGCUAUUGAUAGACUUGCUCAAUUGGAUACAAAACUAAAUGCUGAUAUGUUAGAACUUCUUAAGAAGAAUGAUACAGGCAAUCAAACUUCUCUUGUUAUUGAUGAAGAUAAGCAGAGCAAAGUGCACACCUCUUUUGAGACACACUCGAAGAAUUUAGAUUUGCAGGAGCAAAAGAGACUUAUUGAAAUAGCUUGUGCUUGCAUCAAAAAGCUAUUGCCCUCUGAAACAAUGCAUGCUGUUUUGCAGCUCUGUUCUACUCUCACUAGAACUCAUGCCGUUGCUGUUAGUUUUCUGGAUGCUGGUGGUCUGCAUUUGCUUCUGUCCUUGCCAGCAAGUAGCUUGUUUGUUGGCUUUGACAAUGUUGCAGCUGUUAUAAUACGCCACAUCGUUGAAGAUUCCCAAACCCUUCAGCAAGCAAUGGAGUCUGAGAUACGGCAUAGUUUUUCAACUGCUGCUAACCGGCAGUCUAGUGGAAGGGUUACUGCACGUAAUUUUCUAUCCAAUUUAAGUUCACUUGUUCAACGUGAUCCAAUCAUUUUUAUGCAAGCUGCUAAAUCUGUGUGUCAAGUUGAGAUGGUGGGUGAGAGGCCUUAUAUUGUACUAAUAAAAGAUCGCGAUAAGGACAAAUGCAAAGAGAAGGAAAAAGAGAGAGAGAAGACGGAGGAGAAGGAGAAACAACAAACUAAUGAUGGGAAGGUAGGCAUUGGCAAUACAAUUUCAGUGCCUCCUGGUAGUGGACAUGGGAAGCUUCUUGAUGCAAAUUCUAAAAACUCCAAAAUACACAGAAAACCUCCCCAGAGUUUUCUAAGUGUAAUUGAUCUUCUGUUGGAUUCAAUAAUAUCUUUCAUACCUCCUCCUUUGGAAGAUGAAUCUGUCAGCAAGGUUGGCUCAUCAUCAACAGAUAUGGAAAUUGAUGUUUCUGCGAGUAAAGGUAAAGGAAAGGCUGUUGUUGCUCUAUCUGCUGCAAAUGAAGUCAACAAUCAAGAAUCCUCUGUGUCGAUGGCAAAGGUGAUAUUUCUUUUGAAGCUGAUGACAGAGAUUCUUUUAAUGUACAGUUCAUCAGUUCAUAUUCUUGUACGAAAAGAUGCCGAAGUUUGCAGCUACAGGGGAAGUACUCAGCGAGGUGCCACUGCUUGCUGCACUGGUGGGAUCUUUCACCAUGUUCUUUACAAAUUUCUUCCACAUGCUAAAAAUCAUAGGAAGGAAAGAAAAACGGAAGUGGACUGGCGCCAUAAACUAGCUAGUAAAGCCAACCAGUUUCUGGUGGCGUCCUGUGUGCGGUCAACUGAGGCGAGGAAAAGAAUCUUCACGGAGAUCAGUAAUGUAUUCAAUGAUUUUGUUGAUUGUUUUGACGGAUUUAAGGUGCCUAGAGUUGAUAUUCAGGCUGUUACUGAGUUGCUUAAUGAUGUGCUGGCUGCUCGGUCACCGACAGGUUCAUACAUAUCUGCCGAAGCUUCUGUUACUUUCAUAGAAGUUGGCCUAGUUCAGUCGCUCACCCGCACGCUUCGUGUUUUGGACCUGGAUCACACUGAUUCCCCGAAGGUUGUCACUGGCAUUCUGAAAGUUCUGGAGUCAGUGACCAAGGAACAUGUCCAUGCAUUUGAGUCUAUUAAUGGAAGAGGGGAACUAUUGCUAAAAUCUACUGAUCCUGGUCAGCCUGGGGAAGGAAAUGGUGGUAACUCGCACACAACAGAAGCAACAACUCAUGGCAGCGAAAAUUUAUUGCCAACUGAACCCAUUGAGUCAUCUCGCACUAUUCAGAACUAUGGUGGUUCUGAAACUGUCACUGAUGAUAUGGAGCAUGACCAGGAUAUUGAUGGGGGCUUUGCUGCUGCUGAAGAUGAUUUCAUGCAGGAAAAUGCCGAGGACACAAGGAAUCUUGAAAGUGGCCUUGACACGGUAGGGAUAAGAUUUGAAAUUCGGCCUAGUGUACAAGGGAAUCUUGAUGAAGAUGAAGACGAAGAUGACGAUGAGAUGUCCGGUGAUGAAGGGGAUGAGGUUGAUGAAGAUGAAGAUGAAGAUGCUGAUGAUGAACACAAUGAUAUUGAAGAAGAUGAAGCCCAUCACCUCCCACACCCAGAUACAGAUCAAGAUGACCAUGAAAUUGAUGAAGAUGAGUUUGAUGAGGAGGUGAUGGAAGAGGAUGAAGACGAAGAGGAUGAUGAGGAUGGUGUUAUAGUGCGACUUGGUGAAGGAAUGAAUGGAGUAAAUGUAUUCGAUCACAUAGAGGUUUUGGGCAGAGAUAGCAUAUCCAAUGAGACUUUUCAUGUUAUGCCAGUUGAAAUAUUUGGCUCCAGACGCCAAGGGCGAACUACAUCCAUCUAUAAUCUUCUAGGGAGAAGUGGUGAUAGCAGUGCCCCUUCCCAGCAUCCCCUUUUGGUGGAACCACCACCUUCAUUAAAUGCAGGUCCUCCUAGACUCUCAGAGAAUGAUCGAGAUGCUUACCUUGAUAGGAACUCUGAGGGUUCCUCAUCACGUUUGGAUUCAUUUUUCCGGUCGCUCCGGAAUGGACGCCAAGGACAUCGGUUUAACUUGUUGGCGAAUGAUGGCCAGCUAAGUGGUGGAUCAAACUCAUCUGUUAUUCCCCAAGGUCUUGAGGAAUUACUUGUCUCCAGCUUGAGGCGGCCCUCCUCUGAGAAAUCCCCUGACAAUACUACAGUGAUUGAGUCCCAAAGUAAAAAUGAAGUCUCUCCAUCUCCUGAGUUUCCUGGUACUACAACUGAAAAUCAUGGUAGCGUUGGAGGGAGUGACGCACCUCCUCCCUCUUCAGCAAUACUGAACAGCUCCAGGAGUAGUGAUAGUGCACCUCCUACAAAUGAUUCUGGUCAGGGAACAGAAACAUCAGGUAGACCACCUCAGUCUGUUGAAAUUCAAUAUGACCAUGCUGAUGUAUUGCGUGAUGUUGAAGCAGUGAGCCAAGAGAGUAGUGGAAGUGGAGCAACUUUAGGAGAGAGCUUACGGAGUCUAGAUGUUGAAAUUGGAAGUGCUGAUGGCCAUGAUGAUGGUGGAGACAGACAAAGUGGUGCUGAUACUCGGAUAAGGAGAGUUAAUCCUUUAUUUGGUAAUAAUGCAUCAAUAGCUGGGAGAGAUGCAUCACUCCACAGUGUCACUGAAGUUUCAGAAGAUCCAAUUCGAGAAGCAGAUCAAAGUGGCCCCCCUGAGGAAGAGCAACGUAAUCGUGACACUGAAUCUAUCGAUCCUGCUUUUCUUGAUGCACUUCCUGAGGAGUUGCGUGCUGAGGUUCUUUCUGCUCAACCGAGUGAAGCUCCACAGUCACAAAAUCCUGAGCCACAAAAUAAUGGGGAUAUAGAUCCAGAAUUUCUUGCAGCACUUCCGCCUGACAUCCGUGAAGAAGUUCUGGCACAACAAAGGGCUCAAAGGCUGCAUCAGUCCCAAGAGUUGGAAGGUCAACCUGUUGAAAUGGAUACUGUCUCAAUAAUUGCCACUUUUCCUUCAGACAUACGGGAAGAGGUUCUUCUAACUUCUUCUGAUGCUAUUCUUGCGAACUUGACACCUGCGCUUGUUGCUGAGGCAAACAUGUUGCGCGAAAGGUUUGCACGUAGAUAUAAUCAAACUCUGUUUGGCAUAUAUCCUCGAAACCGUAGGGGUGAGUCUUCUAGGCGAGGUGAUGGCUUGGAUAGAGUUGGUGGUGUCCUCUCACGUCGAUCUAUGGGUAUUAAACCAGUUGAGGCGGAUGGUUCCCCUUUAGUUGACACAGAAGGUUUGAAAGCAUUGAUUCGGUUGCUUCGUGUAGUUCAGCCACUUUAUAAAAGUGAACAAAGACUCCUCUUGAACCUCUGUGCUCAUGCUGAAACCAGAAUUGAUAUGUUAAAAAUUUUGAUGGACUUGUUGAUGUUGGAUAAAAAGAAUUCUGACACUGAUCUGAAUGCGACGGAACCCCCUUAUCGGCUAUAUGCUUGCCAGAGCCAUGUAAUGUACUCGCGCCCUCAAUGUUUUGAUGGUGUUCCGCCUUUAGUGUCUCGACGAGCUUUGGAGACUCUCACCUACCUGGCCCGUAAUCAUCCUUUGGUUGCAAAGCUAUUACUUGAGUUGAGAUUGCCACAAUUGAUCCUUAAGGAGUCACCGAACUCUGAUGAUAAACGUGGCAAAUCUGUUAUGCUUCUUGACGAAGAUAUGGUAGAAAAGAACCACCCGGAAGGGCAGGCGUCUUUUACGAUGCUUCUAGGCCUCUUGAACCAAUCACUUUAUUUAAGAAGCAUAGCUCAUCUGGAGCAGUUGCUGAAUUUAUUGGACGUCAUUAUUGACAAUGCUGAGAGGAAAUCAAAUUCAUCUCGUGACCCAGGGGCAUCUGGAUCUGAACAACCAACUGGUCCUCUCGUUUCCACAUCAGGCUCUGAGAUGAAAGUAGUUUCCUCUGCGGCUUCAGGGGAGGGUGUUUUGACCAUCAAAGCAUCAUCGUCCGUUGGAGAACAAAAUGCUAGAACUGUUCUGAACAAUCUGCCGAAACCAGAACUUCAACUACUAUGCUCUCUUCUUGCACGCGAAGGUCUGUCAGAUAAUGCAUAUGCUCUCGUGGCAGAGGUAUUAAGGAAAUUGGUGGCUAUUGCUCCUAUUCAUUGUCAUCUUUUUAUUGCUGAGCUUGCUGGUUCAGUUCAAAGCCUCACCAAGUCUGCAACAGAAGAGUUGCGAAUAUUUGGGGAUAUUGAGAAAGCACUACUUAGUACUAGCACUCAUGGGGCUCCAGUUCUCAGGGUGUUGCAAGCAUUGAGCUCUUUAGUUGUCUUACUUCUUGAUAAGGACAAAAAACAACAGAUUCUCCCUGAUACGGAGCACACUGCUGCACUUUCACUUGUUUGGGAUAUCAAUGCAGCUCUUGAGCCCUUGUGGCAGGAGUUGAGCAACUGCAUAAGCAAAAUAGAGAGCUAUUCAGACAUGGUACCUGAUCUUUCAUCUUCAUCUGUUAAACCAUCCAAUUCUGUGCCUCAACUUCCUCCAGGUACACAGAAUGUCUUGCCAUACAUAGAAUCUUUCUUUGUGACGUGUGAGAAGUUGCAUCCUGGUCAGUCAGGUGCAGGGCAUGAUUUGGGUAUUACUGCUGUUUCUGAUAUUGAUGAGGCUGCUGCAUCUGCUAGUCAGCAGAAGAUGCCGGGACAUGCUGUGAAAGUGGAUGAGAAAAAUGCUGCUUUUGUAAAGUUCUCUGAGAAGCAUAGAAAACUUCUCAAUGCAUUUGUCAGGCAAAAUCCAGGAUUACUUGAAAAGUCCUUUUCGCUCAUGCUGAAGGUUCCUCGGUUUAUUGAUUUUGAUAACAAGCGAUCUCACUUCAGAGCCAAGAUUAAGCAUCAGCAUGAUCAUCAUCACAGUCCUCUACGAAUAUCUGUAAGAAGGGCUUAUAUUCUUGAAGAUUCAUACAAUCAGCUGCGGAUGAGGUCGGCACAAGACUUGAAGGGUAGAUUGACUGUUCAUUUCCAAGGGGAGGAAGGGAUUGAUGCUGGUGGUCUUACCAGGGAAUGGUAUCAGUUGCUUUCCAGAGUAAUCUUUGACAAGGGGGCGCUAUUGUUCACAACGGUGGGGAAUGAAUCAACAUUUCAGCCGAACCCCAACUCUGUUUAUCAAACAGAACAUCUUUCAUACUUCAAAUUUGUUGGACGAGUUGUUGGGAAAGCACUAUUUGAUGGACAGCUUCUUGAUGUUCACUUCACUCGGUCCUUUUACAAGCAUAUUCUUGGGGUUAAAGUAACAUAUCAUGACAUUGAAGCUAUUGAUCCUGAUUAUUUUAAGAAUUUAAAAUGGAUGCUUGAGAAUGAUAUAAGCGAUAUCUUAGACUUAACAUUCAGCAUUGAUGCUGAUGAAGAAAAGCUAAUUCUGUAUGAACGUGCUCAAGUCACUGACUAUGAACUGAUCCCUGGUGGAAGAAAUAUCAGAGUAACUGAAGAAAACAAGCACCAGUAUGUUGAUUUAGUUGCUGAGCAUCGAUUAACAACUGCCAUCCGUCCUCAGAUAAAUGCAUUUAUGGAUGGUUUCAAUGAGUUGAUUCCUCGUGAUUUGAUAUCUAUUUUCAAUGACAAGGAACUCGAACUCCUGAUUAGUGGGUUGCCAGAUAUUGAUUUGGAUGAUAUGAGGGCGAACACAGAGUACUCUGGGUAUAGUGCUGCUUCCCCUGCCAUUCAGUGGUUCUGGGAGGUUGUUCAAGGAUUCAGUAAAGAAGAUAAGGCUCGCCUUCUGCAAUUUGUGACUGGAACCUCGAAGGUGCCUUUGGAAGGGUUUAGUGCUCUGCAAGGAAUUUCAGGAUCACAGAAAUUCCAGAUUCACAAGGCAUACGGCAGUCCAGAUCACUUGCCUUCAGCACACACAUGUUUCAAUCAGUUGGAUCUCCCAGAAUAUCCUUCGAAACAGCGUCUGGAGGAGAGACUGCUGCUCGCUAUUCAUGAAGCCAACGAAGGUUUUGGAUUCGGUUGAGUGCUAUUACGGUGAUGUGAAACUAUUGUAUAGAUAGUGUCAUUCACUUGAGGAAGAAAACCAUUUAGAGGCUGCUUAGGUAAAAUGUCGAUAUACUGUACAGUGCAAUAUUGCUUUGUCAAAUUCUAUUCUUCUUUUUCUGGGAAGCUCUCGAAAGUAUACACUCAAUAGUCUUAUUCUAAGGUUUUGUCAACGCAAUAUCAUUGGUUACUUUUUACUUAAAUUAGCCUAUUGCAAAGUCAACA